UCAGGGGCGUCGGGCCGAGUGUUGCUCGGAGCCUGGCCUGCCGUCCGCACGGAGCGCGGGCCGCGCGGUUGGGCAGCACGGGGAGGCGGUUGUGCGGGCUGCCAUGAAACGGCCCCUUAGAACCCUGCGCUGCGGAGGGAGCUGUCAGCCCCGUGUCUUCCAUAGCGGAGAUGGAAAAGAAAGCGCAUUUCGUGAACAGAGACUUUCCUCCCAGGGAGGCGCCUUCGCUGCUGCCGGUGCUGCUGCUGGUGGCGGUGCUGCUGAACGCCCUGCUCUACCUGUACCUCGGCAACACGCACGGCUCUUCGGGCCGCGCCGACGCCGAGCCCAGCCUUUGCCCUUACGGGUCUUUCAGACUAGGGCCGGUGAAAAACUGCUCCCCAUGGCUCUCCUGUGAAGCCAUCAAUAGGGAAGUCAGAAAACUCAAAUGUGUUGGCGAAGGAGCUGUGAAAAAGGUCUUUCUUUCUGAGUGGAAGGAAAACAAAGUGGUCAUUUCACAGCUCACCAACCCAGAGCUGAAGGAAGACUUUCUCCACGGACUGAAGAUGCUGAAAGCACUACAGAGCAAGCACGUUGUCCGACUGCUCGGCUACUGCGAGCAGCAGUUCACAAUCCUCACUGAGUACCAUCCUCUAGGUUCCUUGAGGGGUCUGAAUGAAACUCUGCACCUCCCCAAGUACAAGAGCAUGAACACUUGGCAUCGAAGGCUGCUGCUCGCUAUAGACUACGUGAGCAUCAUUCGCUACCUGCACAACAGCCCUCUGGGCACCUUAGUGAUGUGCGAUUCCAACGACCUGGACAAGGUGCUCUCUCAGUAUCUUCUAACGAGUGACUUUCACAUCCUGGUGAAUGAUUUGGACGCUUUGCCCCUGGUGAACAGGAGCGCCGGCAGGCUGGUCAAGUGUGGGCAUCGGGAGCUCUGGGGUGAGUUUGUAGCUCCUGAGCAGCGUUGGCCCUAUGGAGAGGACGUGCCGUUUGAUGAUGACCUCAUGCCCCCAUACGAUGAAAAAACAGACAUCUGGAAAAUCCCGGAUGUCUCCAAUUUUUUCUUGGGCCACGUUGAAGGCAGUGACAUUGUGCGACUGCACUUGUUUGAUAUCCAUGCGGCAUGUAAGAGGAAGGACCCAGCCCAAAGGCCAUCUGCCCAGGAGAUCUUAGACACCUACAAGAAAGUUCUAACUCUGUUGGUUCGGGAGGCAGCCAUGCCUAGUACUAGGGAAAUGUUGUAACAAAUCAUGGGACCAACAGUGGGCUGAAGUUGGUGUUCUUAUUUAUUUAGCUUGCCUGAAGGGCAAAGUGUCUGUUCCCUCAAUUGAGAAGACAAAAGUAACUGACUUUGUACUUUACCUUUCGAUUAAAAAUUAUCUACCCAAUGCUGAAGCUGUGCAUCUUUCCCAUUGCUGUGUUUAAUCUGUCAGUGCAAGAGGAGGAGGGAGAGAAAUUAUGUUUUGAGGACUGGGGAAAUCUCUCGAGGACCAGAAUUUUUCUUUUGCAGCAUUUAUAUAAAAUUCCCUUUUCAAACACAAAACAUUUUUGUACAGACAGAGUUAAAAAAAAAAAAGAAAAAUACUGUCCUACUUAAACGAAUUGGCAGAGGUCUGGGGAACAGAGGCUACAACAUGCCCCUCUCAAGCUCUGUGCUGAUUCUGGUGGCUUUGGCCCAUGUCUUAUGCACAAAGUCCUCACCUGCUUCCCUAUGGAGUAAAAGCAGCGGUCGUUCAAAAAUGACUAUAGUUCUCUGAAGGUUUUGGUGAGCCCCGCUGCCACCUUCCCAGCCACUCUGCCCAGCCUCCCUGCUGAAUGGGGUAUUGGGGGAUUCCAUGGGCUGCUUUCAGAGCCAUGCGACCACUGCUUUGUGGUCCCCAUAUCCCACUAAACAGCAUGUUGUUAUUUUGAAGGCAAGCAAAUGAUACAGAGACAGCUUAAACGUGCAUGGUUUUGGUUUUGAAACAUUUGCCCCUACAGCAUUCUCAGCAAGGUUCUUUGGAGAUGAGGGUCCAGGAGUCCUCUUGCUCUUUUUUAAUCCAUAGGAAGUGUGAGCUCUUUGGAAAAUAGCUAAAGUGUAUCUUUUAUUUGUAUUCAGUUCAUCUCUUUUGUACUCACUUUUGUGUUUCCUGAACAUCAUGCGUGGAUGGAAGGAGAAAGAAUAGGGAAUGGGAAGAGAACGUGACUUCCUUUGACAGCAAAUUGUGUGUUGGAAAAUAAAAGCCUUACAUUCAGAAUAAA